GUGAGAAGCUAGUCGGGAAAAGGCAAAACAUCAUACAAAGUUAUUUCGAAUAAGUGUGAAAAGAAUAUUAUUCAAAUAAAUAUAUCGGCAAAAUACUUCGAUUUAGUCUAUCACUCGCCAUUUCAAAUAAACAGCACUGCUGUUCACUGUGCAUUUAUUAGCGAUUAGAAUUGAAAGAUGAGUCACGGUCAUAUGCAAAUAAGCGACGCUGCUAUGACCAUGAACAUGAAUUCGCAGCAUCACAUGGAACAUUUUGAUAGCGUUUUGAAUUUAAAUAUGAAUAAUGAAUAUCAUUACGGUAUGGAAUAUUGGAAUGGAUCUUAUAAAAACGGAUCAACUCCCAUGAAAGAGAUGGAAGCAUGUUUAGAAAACGCCGACAAAGAUCGCAUGUCAUACAAGCCACUGGAGCAACUAGACCAAAUCAAAUUGACAGACAUCAGUGAACAGCCGUCACAACAACAGCAGAUUCAUCAGCCAUCAAAUGAAGCCAACAAAGUGAACAACGACGGAAAUUGCAAUAAAAGCUCAAAUCAGAAGACAAAAAGUUGCAAAAAGGGUGAAAGUGAUAAACAGCUGCCUUUUCACUCAUCACUUAUGUCGGCAAACGUUAUUCUUGAAGCAAAAGGCUUGUGGGAUAAAUUUCACGAACAGGGAACUGAAAUGAUUGUGACAAAAGCAGGACGAAGAAUGUUCCCAACUUUCCAGGUUCGUGUUGUUGGUCUUGAACCUCAAACUUGCUACAUGAUGAUGAUGGACUUUGUUCCAGUCGACGAUAAACGAUAUCGAUACGCAUUUCAUACUUCAAGUUGGGUUGUGGCUGGAAAAGCUGAUCCGAUAUCACCACCAAGAAUUCAUGUUCAUCCAGACUCACCUGCUAAUGGCGCUACUUGGAUGAAGCAAACAAUUUCAUUCGAUAAAUUGAAACUCACAAAUAACCAACUAGAUGAACAUGGACAUAUCAUUCUCAACUCAAUGCAUCGAUACCAGCCACGAUUUCACAUCGUUUAUCUACCACCAAAUGGAAUUAAAGAAGAACGCGAACAUCUCAAUUUUCGUGCCUUUGUAUUUCCUGAAACAUCUUUUACCGCCGUCACAGCUUAUCAAAAUCAACGAGUAACGCAAUUGAAAAUCGUUUCAAAUCCAUUUGCGAAAGGUUUCAGGGACAACGACACAAAUGAUGAGUGA